UUCUCCCCGCGUAUAAUCAUUGUAACCCGUCCGUGCGCCUCCGUAAACCUGGCUGCACGUCACCGAGGGCGCCUGCAGCGGAGAGGGGCUUCAUCCGUGUCACGAAUCCGGUUUUUCCCAGCCCUUUGCCGGCUCGAGAGGGCGGGGAGGACCGGGGGAAAAGGAGCCAAGCCAAUGUGAGCUCAGCCUCAGUCCAGCUCUGUCGUCUUGACUUGGCAAGCUUCUUCCCGGCCGUGCCUGCACCAUUGCCAUCUCCAUCCGGUGACGUGUGCGGUCAGAGCGAGUCCGGUCUGCUUACCAUCAGUCAGUUUUCUCCUGUGUUGGUGUAUUCUGAUGGAUCAGUAUGUCCACCACUAAUAACAUCGCACAGGCCAGGAAACUGGUGGAACAGCUGAGGAUUGAGGCGGGGAUCGAACGCAUUAAGGUUUCUAAAGCAGCAGCCGAACUGAUGAGUUACUGUGAGCAACACGCUCGUAGCGACCCUCUGCUGGUCGGGGUCCCCACGUCUGAAAACCCUUUCAAGGACAAGAAGCCCUGCAUCAUCCUAUAGCCGCACUACGCUCCCUCCACCCCACGAAAACACACAUUAAACAUACAGACACGCGGUAAAUGCACCUAUUCAAUACUUUAUUUGAUCCCCGGACACAACACACAUGCAAUGAACACACAUGAAAUUUCGCAUUCAAACACACUCAUGGAAACGCACACACUCCCGAAGCAGCCUCUCUGGAAAUGCGCCAUAGCCAAGGAGCAGGUAUCUCGUUCUCUCGGUGGGAGAAAUCAGUAUAUCACUGAGUACGAUCCAAGGUGCUUUUGGUAAUAUUCACGUAGUGUCAGCUUAACUUUAAAGAAGGGAUUUGGACAUUAAUAAUCAGUAGAAAACCAGGAUAUUUCUCCUCCUUUGUCGUGAAAGUGAGGGGUUAGGAGGAGUGGGAGGAUGCAUGUGGUCAACAGAAAUGAGCGGUAGGCCAAAUACGACCCGGUGUCCCAUUAAAAGCUAAAAAAGUUUAAAAAAAAGAGAGCUUUGCCCUCAGACCUGCCGGUGCAGGCUCAUUUUGGAGUGAGUGGCUAAAGCCUUUGCCUUUAUCGGGCUAGCAUGUUCCCUCCCGUACCUGUUUAAACAGACCUUCUCCGCCUGUGGCCUCGCUGAGGCCUCUGGCCAAACCUCCAGCUGUGCCAACGUGUGCAGGAAGUCAUCUCGAGAUGCUGAUCUGCUGUCACUGAUUCCACUUCAGUUCAUUAUGGCUGCUGUUGGUUGAAAUCGAUGUCUAAGCUGACCUCAGAUCUGCACCUUCGAGGGGAACAACUGCUUUACACAGAACUCAAGCUACUAACCCUGGACGUUUACUGCAUUUUUAUUAAGAAAUACCUGUUUGUGAACUCAAUGUGCAUUUGGAUAUUUUGUUGAAGCAUUACUUAACAAAUACGGUUAUACCUAUGCUUUGACAUAGGUAUUGCCCCUGGUUCAUCAGAUUUCUCUUUAAACGCUAUCAUUAAUGAGACAACAGGAGAUCUGGUUUGUAAGCCACGGGUACCAUCUGCUUGCAUCUUAAACUAAAACGUUCAACCCGAGAAUCAGUCUGCGAGGACUGCAGAGCUGGAGGAGAAAACCUAAAAAGUAAAAGUUUUCCCAAAAAUCUAAAAUCAAUCCUUGCUAUUGUCUUAUUUUCUCUGCUUAGGUGUGUUUAAUUUCAUUGGCCUUUUUUCCAAGGUUCUGGGAAGAGACACGUUGCUUUGGAUUGUGUAAAGGUGUUUUUUUUUCAUAGUAGAAGAAAGGAAUUCCGCUUCUCUUCUCUUUGCACAAUAAUUACCUUGCUUUAAAUCCAAAUUGACAAAAAAAUGACUUGGCUUUACCAGUCUCCCCAGUAGGUGAGCUUGCUUCAAUCUGAGGUCCAACUGGUCAGGCGGCCAGCGGUCCCCUCCUGGUUUUCCCCUGUACCCUCCUCCACAAUGCUCCUCCUCUCGGCCGAACCGAACCGAACCUUGUAAAAGCUGAAGACGAAGGCAAAGAAAAAUGAAGUCAAAAGAAACAUACUAAAUGUAUAAACUUUCUUUCAGACAUGUGCAGAAGUGAAGAGUAGCUGUUAUGGGUUUAUUUAUUUCUUCUUUCUAUGGAGUCCAUGGAACCUGGUCAGUUGUGUAUUACCCUGUACAGUGUUUGUAAGAUACAAAAUCUAAACACAGACUCCCCUACUGUGGAUGUUGGAUUUUUUUUUUUUAGUACUACUUGUUCUGUUCUGUCAGUCAAGAUCAUGUCUUUGGUUUCUUUCAUUUUUCUUUGUGUCAUUCAGGUUGAGAGAGGCUUGCGAUAGCAAAGGAUGGUUUUGAGCACCACUACAAAUACAAACAGUUGAUAGAAUCAAAAUCCCUGUUAGGUGACGUGAGGCUUCCUGAGGAUUAAUCAAUCACCGGACCUCAUUCAAGUGGCAAAACCCAGCUUCCUUUAUCAAGUGUUGGUUUUGGUGGGCGACGGGCAUCUUCUACGACACACCCGGGCGCGUUACACACUCUAUCGUGCUCUUGUUUUUGAGGUUUGGUCGUCAGGGGUCAAAAGUUAGAGGAGUAGCAAAGCUGCUUUUGACGGUUUAUUGCUGAAAGUAGGGAUCUUUGUGCCAUCACAUUAUGUCUGCGCAUUUAGCCGAGGCUUUUGUCAGGCGUGACGUGCAGUGACAAGCAGGGUGGAGGGAUUUGGACGGGCUUACAGCUGCUGAGUGACUGUCCGGGGAGUUGAACCCACUGUUUUUCUGGUCUCCAAUCCCUGCGUUAAUAUGAGCCAAGUGCUGCAUUUACUUUUGGGAGAUGUAACUUUAUUCUCUGUGUUGAGCCGUUGUUUGUGUGUGCACACAGUUCAAAAAGGCUUGUUGAAAAUACCUGUAUUACGCAAGUUAACGGUGUCUUUAGCAGGAAAAGUGGUCAUUUCAAUACUGAGAUUGACUUUUUCAGCUUUUCUAUGAGAAAAGGAAAAAUCUUAAAAUGAGGCGACCUUGACCAGUUUGUCGACUUGUCUUUUAAUGGAAUAGUUGGACUUUUUGUGGAGGAUCCUUGCCGGGAAUAUCAUAGAAAUAUUGAUGCCCAACCCAUGUUUGUAUGGUAAUGUAAAGCUACAGCCAGCACCUGGUUAGGUUGGCUAAGCUUAGUAUAAUGACUGGAAACAGCCAGCAAUCCAAGAGUAAACACCUUUAGGGAAACCAGUUAACCACAUUAUAGUUCAUAACAUUAAUCUGAAUGAAAAGAUAUGUGUAAAACAUAUUUUUUUGUGUUGAGCUUUAGGGUGCAGGCGUUACCUUUGGCCAAUGCCUAACUUUAUAUUUACCCACUUCUUGUCUUUAUGCCCAAUUUCUAAUUAGCAUCAAUGUUUCCACUGUGGGCAAUGAUUCUUGGAAAAAUGCCACAGAGGGAGCCGAGUGAGAAUGUGUGUUUGUGUGUGUGUUCUCGUGUGUGUGCGGAGAAGGGUGCUGGGUGCUAAUGUCUGGCGGCUGAGAGGGAUGAUUUGGCAGAGCAGCAGACGGAGAAAAGAACAUAGAGGUGCACGCAAUUGUUAGUGGGUAUUAGUGGCAGAGUCCCGGUGUGUAAGAACACUCCGUGCCUCCAGCACUCAGCAGAGUGUCAAACAAUAACGUUACAGUACUGCAGCCCCGACAGUCCAGGUCAGGGUAACUGUGACCGGAGGAGAGGUCAUGUGACGCCGCCUGACUCAGAUCAUCACGCAUGUCGUCCAUUUUAUUUUUUUAUUUGUAAGAUGGUCAUUUAGGAGAGGAGUAAAGACGGAUUCAGUCACAAGAUAAAAUUGUGUGUUAAAGUGUCAUGACCAAUAAUAAUCCCAAACAACCCACAAAGCUCACAAGUAAUAUAUUCAAUAUUCAUUUGUCUUUGCCUGAUUAAGCUACAUUAUAUUAGCUGCAACAUUUUCACCCCUCAUGAAUGCAUAAAAGACCUAAAGCAAUAGUUUGACAUUUUAGGAAAAGUGCUAAUUUGCUUCGCAUAGAGUUAGAUGAGAGGAUUGAUCCCAGUUAGCUUAGCUUAGCUUAAGGACUGGAAACAGGGGCAAACAGAUGGCAUGGCUCUCUCAAAAGUGAAUUGACCUCUAAAGCUCACUAAGGGUCAGAUUAUAUUGAGUAUGGUAACAGGAGGCGCUGGUUGUUAUGCUGAGCUAAUAUAACCAGCUACUGCUUGUUGCUUCACAUUUAUCAAACCAACAAUAAAGGGGUUCGAUCCUUCCAUCAAACGUUAAGCAAUUCAACCAUCAAAUGUAUUUUCCAAAAUGUCAAACUGCUCCUUUUAAAUUAAAUAUAUACCCUUUAUCUUCAACUUUGUUUAAUUAAAAAUGAAUAGUGAUCUUUCAUCUGAAGAAAUAUAAUUACUGUGCAAAGAGAGAUCAAAGUUUGGGCACAGGUUGAAAUGAACCCAGAAUUACAUAAUGUUUGCUUUCCCGCAGAAUCUGCAAAAUUCGAAAACUUUGCAAUGUGCAGUUAAAGUCAAAGAGGAAAACAACUUCAAAGGAAUUGCACCAACAAACACCCAUGCAUAUCGACGCACACAUAAACACACCCACUCUGACGUUGUCCCAGAGAUCAUCAUUAUCAUUGCAGUCAUUCCAAUCAUUCCAUAGCUGGUUGGGCUUGAAAUCAGAGACAGCCAGCCUAAACUUCUGGUUUGGUUGAGUGUUUGUGUGAUGGGUUGGUUGUUAGUUUGCCUUAUAGUGGCGUAUUUGGAGUUCACGCAGGUAUCGGAUCAGCACAAUGAAACAGUGUUGACGUGGGCUCGAGAAAGAAAUCCACUGGUGAAAUUAAUUUCAGGUCGGGUGUGAUGGAGGCGGGGGGGGGACUUUGAAAUGAAACAUCACUGAAUUGGAUAAAGAGAGACUCAUCCCUUGUGUUCUGCUCUCCUGUGUAUGCAUAUAGUAUAUGUAUCUUUUUGCCUUGAUUGAUUAUGAAGAAAAAUAUAUCUAUUUUUUGUAACUGUUCUCUGAUGUGCCAUAACUCAUGUUUUAUUGGACACUGUUAAUAUUUUGUCGAUAUUGCUGUUAAAAAGAUGAUAUUGAAAAGUAGAUAACAUUAAUAAAAAGAUGAUAUAAUAA